AUGCGCGUCGCCGAUGGUGUAGAAGACUUUUAUAAGCUGUGCGUCUCCCCCGAAACUGCCUUCAUCGAGGGCGGCACCAUUGCCGCCUCACCGGCACGUCUGUCGAAGUUAGAUCCUGCGCAAGAAUUCACACGGGAUUGUCACCUCCAUGCAAUGUAUGUGAACCUCACCCACUUCCUGCCAAUACUCGUGGAGUGCGAAGACCAUCUGCGCGAGAACCCCGCAGACGCCGUCAAGCUUUUCACUUUUGAUCAGAUCACUUUUGCGGGUGGCCGCGCUCGCGGUGAAGACCUUUCUCGCCUCAAGCAAGCUGUCAUCAUAUAUGGCAAUCCCGGCGCCAGUGCGGUCCACUUGAUGGAUAAAAGCAACCGCGGCUUCAAGCACGAGAUGACCGCGCGCCUGCUGUGUCCUGUAACAAAACUGGGCCUAUUUGACGAAGAUCCGGAUCGUUUUCGCCGUCGUGUUCUGAGUCCCGCUGCCGAAGAUGGCAUCAGGAUCACUUCGUGCGACUGGCCGCUGAUGCUGUAUGACGAGCAGCAGAUUGAAGCAGGCAGAGUCAAGCCCGGACUUCUGCGGAGUCCAUACCUUGUCAGACUGUACAAGCAUGUUUACACCGGCCCUUCGAGUGCAGGCCGCAGCAGCGGAGACGACUUCACACCGCAAGGGAAGCCCAGCUUGUCAGCUUCGUACAAGCUGACCGGGGUCUCUCCGGAAUCCAUCAUAUACGUAUCGGUCCUGGCUCGCACGGCGCUUUCCACUAAAGGCUGGGGUAAGAAGGAGACCGAUUGGCGUGCAACCGCCUUCGUGCGCUCGCUGCUGCGGGCGUUCGAGUGCUACCCCGUGUGGGCAGAUAAGCUCUUGGACUGGUGGAAAGCGGAGAUCUACGGGGAUGCCGAUGCGGAGGAGCAGGACGAUGAUGAGGACUGCGCAGCCAACGUGAUGGAUGCAGAAGGUGAUGACUCAGAAGAUGAAGAUGACGCAGCAGACAAGCUGGACGACGCGGACGCGCAGGACAAUGCAGACGCGCAGGGUGACGCGGACGCGCAGGGCGAUGCGGCAUCGAGUGGCUGA